AUGGGCAUUGCUCGUGAUUGCAGACGAAUCUGGGGCGGUUGCAACACAGCCUACAUCACGACAGCAAGUACACCAUUAUUUGGUGCUACUGUUGGACUUCUCAAGGCUGGGCACGCCAGUGCAGCAGCAAGAGUCGGCUACACCCGAAAGCGACUGAGGGAGUAUCUGUCGAGAUGGAUAAACAAAACAAUACUGGGGCCUUGGAUAUAG